CUUCGAUAUUUUUUUCUUUCUUUCUCUCUUUGCUGCCAAACACACACACACAUAAAUGUAUCGAUUAUCCAAAUUGACUACCAAGACUUUUCCUAUAGCGAGACAUCAUGUCGGUGUUUUAUCCCAACUUCGCCCUUACUCCAACAAAGUAUCUGGACCUGUCAUUGGCAUUGACUUGGGCACAACGAAUUCAUGUGUAGCCGUAAUGGAAGGUAAAAAUCCAAAAGUAAUUGAGAAUGCUGAAGGUGCACGCACGACACCUUCUGUGGUUGCGUUUACCAAAGAAGGCGAAUUGCUCGUGGGUCAGACAGCCAAACGACAGGCUGUGGUGAAUCCUGAAAACACAAUCUAUGCUACCAAAAGACUAAUCGGUCGUCAAUUCAAAGACCCUGCUGUUCAAACAGACAUCCCGAGCGUGUCAUACAAAAUCGUGCCACACACGAACGGUGAUGCAUGGGUCGAAAUGUCUGGUGGUAAAAAGUACUCGCCCUCACAGAUUGGCGCCUUUGUGCUCGGCAAGAUGAAAGAGACGGCUGAAAGCUACCUGGGCAAGAAAGUGAAGCAUGCGGUGAUUACUGUGCCAGCUUAUUUUAACGACUCUCAGCGACAAGCGACCAAGGACGCAGGCAAAAUCGCCGGGCUGGACGUCAUGCGUGUGAUUAACGAACCCACCGCAGCAGCUCUGGCUUAUGGUCUGGACAAGGCAGGUGAUGAGACCAUUGCGGUAUAUGACCUGGGCGGUGGUACGUUCGAUAUCUCCAUCUUGGAGAUUCAAAAUGGUGUGUUUGAAGUCAAGUCGACCAAUGGUGACACAGCACUGGGCGGUGAGGACUUUGACUCUCAUCUUGUAAGAUACGUUGUGGACGAGUUCAAGAAGGAAACAGGCGGUAUGGACCUCUCCAACGAUCGUAUGGCCAUUCAGCGUAUACGUGAAGCUUGUGAAAAGGCCAAAAUCGAGUUAUCUUCGACUGUUCAGACAGAUAUCAACUUGCCUUAUAUCACUGCCGAUGCAACAGGUCCCAAGCAUAUCAACAUGAAGCUGACACGUUCCAAGUAUGAAGGAUUGGUAGGCGAUUUGAUCAAAAAGACAAUCUCUCCUUGUGAAAAGGCGCUCAAGGACGCAGGCGUCUCUGCUCGUGAGGUUGGAGACGUCAUUCUCGUCGGUGGUAUGACUCGUAUGCCCAAGGUGAUCGAAACAGUCAAAGGCAUCUUUGGAAAAGAACCUAGCAAGUCUGUCAAUCCGGAUGAAGCCGUCGCUCUUGGUGCUGCCAUCCAAGGUGGUGUCCUUGCUGGAUCGGUGUCGGACAUUCUUCUCUUGGAUGUCACUCCGCUUUCCUUGGGUAUCGAAACCCUCGGCGGCGUCUUUACUCGUCUCAUCAACCGAAACACGACGAUCCCGACCAAGAAAUCUCAGGUAUUCUCUACCGCGGCUGAUGGACAAACCCAGGUCCAGAUCCGAGUGUUCCAGGGAGAACGUGAGCUCUGCAGAGACAACAAACUGCUCGGUGACUUCAACUUGACGGGUAUCCCUCCUGCUCCCAAGGGUGUGCCUCAGAUCGAAGUCGAGUUUGAUAUUGAUGCAGAUGGUAUUGUCAACGUCGCAGCCAAGGAUAAAGCCACGGGUCGUGAUCAAUCAAUUACCAUUGCUGCUUCUUCUGGUCUAAGCAGUGACGAAAUCGAGAGAAUGGUCCAGGAAGCCGAAAAGAAUGCAGAGGCAGACCGUGCUCGUCGUGAUACGAUCGAAAUGGCUAACCGUGCUGAAUCAGCCAUGAGUGAAACAGAAAAGGCCAUGGAAGACUUUAAAGAUCAAAUCGAUCAAACAGAGGCUAACAAGCUCAAGGGCAUGAUUGCAUCUCUUAGAGAACAGACAACCAAGGCUCAGGCUGGUGAUACGGAUAUCAAGGCUGAAGAUCUGAAGGCCAAGGUAGAUGAGCUUCAGUCAAGUUCGCUCAAGCUCUUUGAAAUGGUCUACAAGAACCGUGCUCAACAAGGAGAUAAUAAUAAU